AUGCGGCGAGCCAACUCCAACCUUCAAAUGUCUUCUGUUGUUGUUGAUAAUUUGGUGCACUUGAGUAUCGUCGAAGGAGAGAACAUUUACUAUUAUAGAGGUUCCGAAAAGAAGUACCCCUUCAUUAAAGUAUCUGGUUCCAUUCUAGCAUUGAACAAAGCUAAACAAGAAUUGAAAACCGGUGGCAUAUCGUUUGGUUUAGGGCCGGUUCAGGUGGGCACACUAUUCGAGGCUAACAUUGAUGCUGAGGUGAAGUUCAUGGCUAGAACUGGUAUUGUGGGCUGUGGAUGGGUAGAAAUUCCUGUGGGCAAAGGCACAAUUCUUAACAAAAAAGCUCAAAGCUCAAGGUGUCAAUUAGAAGUUGAAGUAAAGCUGCAAGAUUUGAUAGUUCAUGAUCCCGAAGGCGAAUGGGGUGCUGUCGCUCCUAUACGUACCCUUUCGUUUGACAUCGAAUGUAUGGGACGUCGAGGAGUUUUCCCCGAUGCAAAUGAGGACCCAGUUAUCCAGAUUGCUAAUAUGGUGAAGGUAAGUUUUCCCUCACUCGCCGUAUUUUUUCUCAUCUCUUGGUGUCAACUAGAAGUUGAAGUAAAGCUGCAAGAUUUGAUAGUUCAUGAUCCCGAAGGCGAAUGGGGUGCUGUCGCUCCUAUACGUACCCUUUCGUUUGACAUCGAAUGUAUGGGACGUCGAGGAGUUUUCCCCGAUGCAAAUGAGGACCCAGUUAUCCAGAUUGCUAAUAUGGUGAAGGUUGAAGGAGAGUCAGAGCCGUUUAUUCGAAACUGUUUCGUGCUAGGCUCAUGUGCUCCAAUCAUUGGCUCUGAUAUCAUUCAAUGUGAAAGUGAAAAAGAUUUGCUGGAGAAGUGGUCGGAAUUUGUGCGUGAAGUCGAUCCAGAUAUACUCACUGGAUAUAAUAUUUUGAAUUUCGAUCUUCCGUAUAUUUUGGAUCGAGCCAAGGUGCUCAAGCUUCCUUCUGUAGCUAUGCUGGGUCGUCAGCGGAACCGGGCCUCUGGUGUCCGUGAUGCAGCUAUUUCUUCUAAGCAGAUGGGGAGCCGGGUCAACAAGAGCAUAGACAUUCAUGGUCGGGUUAUUUUUGAUGUUCUUCAGAUCUUAUCAAUGAUGCUCCGUAAGUGCAAGGCGAACAACUUUUUCCUCCCUGUUAUUGAGGUUCAAGGUGGAGAUUCUGAGGGGUACGAGGGCGCGACUGUCAUAGAGCCUUUACGUGGAUUUUACAACGAACCAAUUGCAACGCUCGAUUUCGCAUCGCUGUAUCCGUCGAUAAUGAUUGCUCACAAUCUGUGCUAUACAACACUUUUGAAGAAGCCGGAGGGAGAGGAAGGAAAGGAUUACAUUCGAACACCUUCUGGGAAUUUCUUUGUUACAAAGGAGCGUCGUCGUGGCCUUCUUCCUGUUAUUUUGGAGGACCUUCUAGCUGCACGGAAGCGAGCGAAAAAUGAGAUGAAGCACGAGAAGGACGAGUUUCGUAAGAUGGUGCUCAAUGGUCGACAACUUGCUUUAAAGAUUUCCGCGAACUCGGUUUAUGGUUUCACUGGGGCAGUUGUUGGUAAACUACCUUGUCUGGAGAUUUCUCAGUCAGUGACCGCCUUCGGGAGGCAAAUGAUUGACUUGACAAAAAGUGAGGUUGAGAAGCGGUACACAGCUGGAGCAUUGGACGGAAAAUGCCCUACAGACGCUCAGGUAAUUUAUGGAGACACUGAUUCUGUGAUGGUCAAGUUCGGGGUCAAAACUGUAGCUGAAGCUAUGGAAAUAGGUUUACAUGCGGCAACGGAAGUAAGCAAAAUAUUUACCCCACCUAUCAAGUUGGAGUUUGAAAAAGUUUACUUUCCAUACUUACUCAUUAACAAGAAGAGGUAUGCCGGUCUUUAUUUCACGAAGCCAGAUAAGCACGAUAAAAUGGAUUGUAAGGGACUCGAAACCGUGCGACGUGACAAUUGUCCUUUAGUGGCGAAAGUGCUGAACACAUGCUUAGAGAAACUCCUUAUUGCACGAGAUGCGACUUCAGCUUUAGAAUUUGCGAAACGGGUCAUAUCAGAUUUACUUUGUAAUAAGAUCGACAUCUCGCUGCUAAUCAUCAGCAAAGAAUUAACGAAGUCUGGAGACGUUAUUGCAUUCCCUCAUCGAUCAAUCUCUAGAAGUACAGGACCAACAAGCACAUGUGGAAUUGGCUGGCUAGGAUGCGAAAACGGGAUCCAGGAUCAGCAGCCUCGGCUUGGUGAUAGAGUUCCUUAUGUUUUCAUUGCCUCAGCGAAGAACGUACCUGCCUACGAAAAAGCAGAGGACCCAACUUUCGUUCUGAAAAACAAUAUCCCCAUCGAUACAAAACACUACCUCACAAAUCAAUUGGCGAAACCUCUUGCAAGGAUAUUCGAGCCGAUUUUGGGUGAUCGUGCUGAACGAGUA